CACAAAACAACUUCUCGUGUGUUCUUCAAAGAUGUCUACCAAAUGUGCCCGACGGUUAAUCCCGACCUGACCCCACUCCACCUGGAGGGCAAAUUCGUAAUCGACCGAUCCCCUCGAAGCCUUCACAAAUCACAAUUGUCCCAUGUCUCCGAAGAAAACAAGGACGAAGAAAUCCAGCACCACCAUCCUAACCAGAAUCGAUUAAAACUCUUAUUAGUGAAUCAUUUAACACAGACAAAGCUCUAUUGCAUGCAAACUAAGUUGAAAAUAUGGAACAACUUCGACCUAAUCCACUCAUAAGAAGAUUUGAUCACUCGACUUCUAAUAAUUUUUAUUCUCCAAGAAAUGUGAGGAGGAAAACAUUUAAUGAAAGAGUUGAUAAUACCGAGGCUUUGUUUACUUCGAAAUCACUUACGGAAGGGAAAUAUAGGUACCGAAGGGGUGAUGUUUCUGAUAUCAUUGACUAUUCCGUACCUAGUAUGACGGAACAGUUGGAUGGGGAUAGUAUGUAUGGGAGUGUUACGAAAGUGAUUCAAGCGCUUUCUGCUAAGAGAUGUGAGAUUUUGAAUUCUCUGCGUGAGUUGUAUCCAUCACUGCUUAGUCAUCUCGUGUUUUCAGUAGGAACGCCUCCGAGAGGUAGCAGGGGAACUAGUAAUGUGGUAUCUCAAGGUAUUAUUGAUUUGGAUGGUGAAGAUGAGAUUCAUGAUUUGGGACCUGUUUCUGAUGAAAGAAUGGAAACACCAGCUGGUCAGAUUGUUUUGCAUACGCCAGGGUGUAACAAUGCAAUGGUGAUGGCUGGUUCAGAAUCAGAUGACCGAUAUAUGAUUGGAAAUAACAAACCUGAUUAUAGCUAUGACCUUGAGGUGUCUAAGAUGAGACGUGAUCCUAAUUACUGCGGUAUUCAGAUAUCUACCGAUGCACAACGAAUAGGAUCUCAAGUGCGGACCCCAUACCAUGUAGAGCAGCGGCAGAGAAGGAAUUCUACUACUCAAAAUGAUAAUCAGGGGAUUGCACCUGUUGGAGCACAGAUGAGCACUCCAUACGAUUUCCAGUUGCUCUUUCCAAAGAAGCCAGUUGGUGAAAAACCAGCUAAACAUGUAAAUGGAAGUGAUCAGCGAAAGAGGAAUGUUGAGAAAGAAGAUAAAGGUGUUUGUGGCGAAACAGUAAUUGAGAAAUCAAAAGGAGUAUAUGUAGGUGUACAAGAUGAUAUAAUGAGUGACUCGGGCAGUGGUGGUGAAGAUGAUGGGCUUGGUGAUAUUUGGACGGAGAUGAAUCUCGCAUUAGAAUGUUCCAAGGAUGCUUCUUCGGCUCUGGGUACUGCUAUGGAACACAUUGCAGAAGAAGAGGAGGAAGACGAAUGUGAGCAUUCUUUUGUUCUCAAGGAUGAUCUGGGAUACGUCUGUAGGAUAUGUGGGGUGAUUGAAAAAAGCAUUGAACAGAUAUUUGACUUCCAGUGGGGAAAGGGAACCAAGACUACCAGAACUAGUUACAUGUCUCAAUAUCGUACAACGAAGGACUGCGAACGAGUUGAAGGAUCUCAGUUUACUAUUGCUAAUGCAUCGGAUCAAGAUUUUGGUGUCGCUGAGAUAUCAGUGCAUCCGAGGCACAUGAAGCAAAUGAAGCCUCACCAAAUUGAAGGUUUCAAUUUCUUGCUUAGGAACUUAGUGUGCGACAGUCCAGGUGGUUGCAUUUUGGCACAUGCCCCAGGGUCUGGAAAGACCUUUAUGAUCAUAAGUUUUAUGCAAAGCUUCCUGGCAAAAUAUCCGAAUGCCAGACCACUUGUAGUGUUGCCUAAAGGAAUCCUGGGUACUUGGAAGAGGGAGUUUGAAAGAUGGCAGGUUGAAGAAAUUCCCCUGUAUGACUUGUAUACUUCAAAAGCCGAUAGUCGAGCACAACAGUUGGAUGUUUUAAAACAAUGGGUGGAGCACAAAGGAAUCUUGUUUCUUGGGUAUAAACAAUUUGCAAGCAUCGUAUCUAACAGUACCAGUAGCAUAGCUGCAGCUGCCUGCCAUGAUAUACUCCUGAAGGUUCCUACUAUACUUAUUUUGGAUGAAGGCCACACGCCUAGAAACGAGACCACGGAUGUGCUCUACUCCCUUUCACAGGUUCAAACUCCUCGGAAGGUUGUAUUAUCUGGAACCUUAUUCCAGAAUCAUGUGAAAGAGGUUUUCAACAUUUUGAAUCUUGUGCGCCCAAAAUUUCUGAAGUUAGAUACAUCAAAGGCUGUUGUGAGGAGGGUCAUGAGUAGGGUGCAGAUUGCUGUCAGGAAGCAGGUUAAGAAUAGUGGGGGAGACACAAUGUUCUAUGAUUUAGUUGAAGAGACCCUACAAAAUGAUCAAGAUUUCCGAAGGAAAGUCACAGUGAUACAAGACCUUCGUGAGAUGACAGGCAAGGUUUUACACUACUAUAAAGGUGAUUUUCUGGAUGAACUUCCAGGACUCAUUGAUCUGACUGUACUUCUCACUCUUAACCCCAAACAGAAACAUGCAGUAGAGAAAUUGAGAAAAUUGGAUAAGUUCAAGAGAAGUUCCAUGGGGAGCGCAGUCUAUGUUCACCCUCAGUUGAAAGAACACGCAGAGAGUUCCGCCACAGGAGAGAAAGGACACAUUCACGAGGCCAAGAUUGAUGAGCUUCUUAACAAAGUAGAACUCAAUCAUGGUGUGAAAACAAAAUUUUUCUUGACUUUAUUGGCACUUUGUGAAUCUGCUGGGGAGAAAAUGUUAGUUUUCAGUCAAUAUCUCCUCCCACUGAAGUUUUUAGAGAGGCUAGUGGUGAAAACUAGAGGCUGGAGCCUGGGGAAGGAAAUAUUUGUCAUAUCGGGGGACUCAAGCCAGGACCAGAGGGAAAUAUCAAUGGAACGUUUUAAUAAUUCUAAGGAUGCAAAAGUCUUCUUUGGUUCGAUAAAGGCAUGUGGGGAAGGAAUAUCUCUAGUGGGGGCAUCUCGCUUACUGAUUUUAGAUAUUCAUCUCAAUCCCUCGGUUACCCGACAGGCAAUUGGUCGUGCAUUCCGACCUGGUCAAACAAAAAAAGUAUAUGCUUAUAGGUUGGUGGCAGCAGACUCUCCCGAGGAGGAAGACCACCAUGCUUGCUUUCGGAAGGAGUUAAUUUCGAAGAUGUGGUUUGAGUGGAAUGAGAUUUGUGGUUACCAUGACUUCGCGAUGGAGGAAGUCAAUACAAAGGACUUGGAUGAUUCGUUCUGGGAUAGCCCUUCCUUAGGUGAAGAUGUGAAAGCAUUGUACAAAAGGUGAAGCUGCUCCAGUCAGCAGCAAUUCCAUGUUUUCUUACUGUUGUGGUUGAAAUAAUAACUUCGGUAAGAAAGUUAAUCUCUUUGGUUUACCAGGGUGUUGUUAACUGCUUGUUUUUGGAGCGUUGCAGGCUGUCAUGGAUCUUGUUAACAUCUUUAUGGAAAAUGUCUCUUGUUCUUUGUUUUUUGGGAACUUGGUUAUACUCCAUCUGUAAUUGAUUGUAUAGUAAAUGAUGCGAUUAGCGGAUGCUAUUAAGUUUGAAAUAGUGGGUUCUUUGCCGCACUUCUGUUUGUAUAGUGAAUGAUGGUCUAAAACUAUAUGAGUUUUCAGAUGUUAGUAGAAUGUCUUUUUAUUUGGUUGUCU